CCUAGCUUCAGCCAGGAAACCAGUUUUCAGUUCAGCGCGGUUCGUUGCUCGGAACGGAGUAUCGACGGAUUGCGUGUGAGUGAAGUGCGAUCGUUGUGAAUCAUAAUUUUCGGGCAGUUCGGUUUCGUAAACGCUGCUAUACCUGGAUACGGGAGAUUCAAACUUUAUGGCCCCCCCCCCCUGUGAAUGGUCGAUAGUGGUUUAACGAUCGAUUGAUGGCGUUCUAGAAUUACGUUUUAGUUCGGUCGUAAAGUGCAAGAUUGGUUUUAUUGGGCCUAUGUAGCGUGAGAUCGUCGCCGUUGCGCUGUAUUUCGAAACUAUCGUCGCCGUCGUCGUAUUCUUUUUAGCAUUUUCAUUGCUUAAUUAUAUAGUUGUACACGGUGAAGACGUGAGGUGCUGCUGUUCUCCCAGCAUCUUUCGCGAGAACUUCCUGCCCUGGCCAUUGGCCGUCUCUCAGGAAUAGCAGCAACAGCAGCAAACGGAGGCGCAAAGCAGGAUCCAGUCCAGAUAGCUGCGAUAGUUUAUGACCUAUCAACUCGAAGGUGGAAUAGUGAACGACGACACAUCGUGAAGUGAGUGAGAAUAUUUCAAAGAAGAUUUUCUUGGUCGUCGUUGAUGAUCAUCACUGUGCGACGGUUAGUCUAAAAGUUUCAGAAGAUCUCCGUCGUCUGCGGUCGGGCUUCCUAGAAGAAAAAAAAAUAGUCAAUUAAGCCCCCAUUCGUGAAGUGAAGCAGGAAAAGCAAACGACGUGCGAAAAUUUUGGUAAUCAAGAGAAAAGCAGCAUCCAGCAGUCACCACCCGGUUGCGCACCCAAAGUGAGCGGAAUGUCGCACAGCGAAGGAGAAGAAAUUUAUCACUAAAAGUUCGAAAAAGGAAAUUGAAUACCUCGUCCCAAUAAGUGAACGACGGGAAUUUUGUGAUUUUUUUUUCCUUACCUGAUCCAGCACAAAGGCUUCCUACAAUGUAGUGAGGCGGAUGGUGUCCAGCAGUUCAAUACAGAGAAAGGAUCGAGCAGUUACACAGCUGAAGCGAUCCCACAAGUGGGACUCUACGGACGACGAUCGAAUCCGGCCGGCCAACCAACAGGACAAAACAAAUCCUUCCAUCCUGAUGAGUGAUCGAAGACCGCGGCAGCCAUGACGAUUCAGUCGAACCUGGACUCGCCCCAGCAGCACCACCGGGUCAUGAGUCGCUACCACCAGCACCAUGAUCCGGCCUACAACAUCACCAGUGCCGAAGCGGACGAAUACAACAGCGACAACAGCAUUGCCGUCCUGCAGCACCACCAUCGCUACAUGCCAUCUAGUUCCAGCUCAUGUGAUAACACCAAACAACACCCGAUGCAGGGCUCCAGCUUGCCGGGAUCCUGCGACGAGAAUACGCCUAGUGUGUUAGAUAUUAAUUUAGAUAGUAAGAAAAUUGCCCUAUCCAAUCCAAAUAACUCGAGACUGAACUCUCCGGCUCGGUUCGACAACGAGAGGAAAUACACCAACCACAUAGAGAUCUACAGCGACAACGGGAACAAGCUGGAGGAGGAAAUAUCGGAGGACGAUCGGGGGCCACCGUUGCCGCCGAGGCCUGCCCCACGGACGCGAACCCUGCAACGAGCGGAAAGUGCCCCCACAACGUCCGGAGUGCGGAAGUACGUCAUCUGGUGUCUGAUAUGUGGCGGCAUAUCGUGUCUCUUGGGAAUCCUGUUCCUGGGGAUCUAUUUCCUGCUGCGGUCCUAUACCAGUACUGUUGGGUACUUCGAAACGGUGCCAACGUUCGUUCCCGCUACUUUGCUAAUGGUCACCGGGAUCUGUAUCAUGAGUCUAGCAAGGCGUCGCAAUCGCUACAGUUAUUUGAUCAAACUUUCCGGUGCAUGCGGGUUGGCAUCGGCGCUCACCUGCGCCCUCGUCACAGUCACCACAACGGUUCUGCACAUGAGCCGCCUCCAGGUGCUGCGGGAAUGUGAAUACACGCAAAAGACACGAACCUGCACUUGCUAUUCGGUGACGGCCGAGAAGCAAGCCGAAGGCCUGGACGAUAACGUGCGCUUCGUGUUCGAUUCCACUUCGGAUUGUGGGGUCGUUCACGGGGCGUUGUACUCCUGCUUGAGGGCCGUCUUCGGUUUGUCUGUGGCAGGGGUCUUGGUAGCGGUUUUCAGCUGCAUGCUGGUGUAUCAGCUUUUGAGUCACGAACGAAAAAAAAUGUACUGGGAACAGCUGGAACUGAGAUGCCGUUCGCUGUAUUCGGGUCAGCAAGGGCCUUCGGUGUUGCCGUCGGGACCGAUGCUGGCAGCCGGAAGGAAUGGCAACUGCCGAUGCUGCGAACAGUGCCACGCACACCGUAACGUGAUGCCGUCUGCGUAUCCCUGGGAAGGUGAUCAACGGUUUUGGACGCCUGGUCAGGCGGGGAAUUUCUACUCACCUAAUCCUGGCGGAGAGGAGAACGCAGGUGGAAACAGGUUGAAUCAGAACGGCCGGAGGAUGCCAGGCUGGAGUUGGCCAAGGAUGCCUUGGCAACGAAACGAUUCUCAACGCAUGUCCCCUCACAGUCCUGAUUCUCAGUAUGGAUUCUCAAACAGGACUAAUGCCCCGGAACCGGUGCAAGUUGGUACGAAUCAACCCAGGUACAAUGUAAUAGAACAGCAGUAUGGAAUCUGGGGACCUCCCCCGCCCUAUAGUGAUCCAAAUAGUCCAGCCCGAAGGGGCCGUUAUCAAUACAUUCAUCCAGCGCAGUGUCAACCGAUGAUCGAAGCUAAUGCUCCUCCAACAAACAUAGCCAUUCUGGAAUGCCAUCAACAUCCAAUGACGUCCGAAAACCAUUCCAUCCAACAAUUUAACAAUGCCACCCAACAGAAUGCAUUCCGAAAUCCGGGGAAACGGCAAGCAUUCAAACCGGCCAAGGACAAUUACGAGAACACCCCAUCGGACAGCGACGGACCGAGAGAUCGAUUCUCCAAUACACUUCCCUUGAGGAAGACCAAGAAGCGGGUAGAGGCCGGUGCCAAAAGCAUCGGGCCCAAUCAGCCAGCCCCGAGGGUCAACGUUCAGAACGUGUUCAACUCUAACACUCCCAACACUGCGCAGAAUUCCGUAGAAACUUCAGAAAACGAGUAUAACGAACCUUCCCUGCCCAACAAUGAGGCCAGCUGUAGCGGUCAAAUGGCGCCGGUGCAUGCGAAAACCAGAAGAAUUAAAGCUGGUGUUGAGAAUACCGGGUUUCAGACGGUAGAAGCACUCGAAGCCGAUGCCAUGAACGGGAAGGUCAUGGAACCAACCGAAUCGGAAGUGUACUUUGCCGACGUAAGUAGCUGUUGCAACAUGUCCGUCAAGAACGACAACUACUACGAGGAUACCAACCAAAGACGUAGGAAUAUGAAGGAUAAGAACAAGAUUGUACAGGAACAGGAACAGUUCACCAAGGACCAAGCCGAUGACUACAUUGCUCAAAGAUUCGGUAAACGUGAACCGUCCGUCCGCAGUAGGUUACCCUUCCCGCAAAUCAUCCCGGAGACGUACGAGAAGCCAGCGGUGAUGCCUCGUCCGUCACUGAUGCACAAAGACAUCUCCCGCCAGAGUAUGUGUUCUGUUGAGUCGGGUGAAAAGACUGACUAUACCGAUCUGUCCCCUGCGACUCCAAGUACAAAUUUCCCCUCGGUAACAUAUCCCCAGCAGGACACCAGCAAUAACUUCAACGCUCUGUCGCAGCCCAGCAGUAGCUCUGGUGGUCCCACAACGUCCAAAGGCACUGUUGCGGACUUCGCCACGGAGCCCAACAGUUCCAAUUUCAUAGCGUCCUACCCUUACUCGUCGAACGAACAAAGCCAAGAAGCCCACCGGCGUUCGACGAAGAAUCUCCAGGACAUCUUCCUGGCACCCGACUCGCAGUACGAGGUAAUCAAGGAAUCCAGUAAGUACAAUGAAACCACUCCGCUAACUUUGUCCUACAUGACCCAGCAGGACAUGUCCGCCCAGUUCUCGUACCUGCCGAGCAAGAUGCCGACGCCGUCAUCCCGCGAACAUCUCAGCUUCCAGCAUCAACACCCAGCGGUCUCAUCCCAGCAAAUCCAGCAGCCCGGGCAACAUUUCAAACCGAAAUCGCCGAAAAACCUCAACAUCACCCCCAUCAAGAGGCAAAGCUUGGGGACCAACAUAAGCUCCAUCAUUCAGAAUCUCAGCAGUAGCGAGGCGGGCCUGCUCUAUCCGGAGGGUCGCAACAGCCACUGUCAAAGCUCGUCCGGUGGAGCUGCGGCAGGGACCAGCAGUAGCAGCAGUGGUGCCCCAACUGCCGGAUUGAUGCGGGACCUGGAGGCACCAAACCAACAGACCACCAACCGAGCGGACGACAGCAGCAACGACGAGAACGAUCUGUCCGAUCCGAGCGAUCGGCAUCGCUUGUGAGACGAAGUGUACGUGUGAGCAGCGAGUAGAUCAGCAGCACGGACGAGAUCGGGAGAUUGAGAACGGCCUCAGGGUAGGUAUUUUCUGAAAGAGAAUUGUGGUAGGUGAGGAAAUCUUAGCUGAAACCAAAUUGAUGCCAGUGUUCGUUAGUUAAGUCGAUGAUCUUAGUUGGAACGCAGAGGCAUUCGACCUUGAAGUUUAUGUCAGGGGUUCAACACGCUAAAAAUCUCCUACGAAAACGGUGAAUGAGACUUACAUCAUAAUGUUUUUGUUUCUUGCUUUUUUCAUCGUACAAACAUUUCUUUCAUUUUCACUGUAAAAAACUGCGUAUCCCCAAGUGUGUUAUUCAUACGGCUCUCUUAGAGCCGAAAAAGAUUUAAAGUUGUGAUAGAAUAUGUAGAGUCGUGAAGGACUUCGAUUUCAGGUUGGCGCUGUUACCUGCUCUGUGGCGAAGAUCUCCAGAUCUACCAGUGUUCUCCCGAAGGUCUAUGAAUAAGGUAUUUAACCAUGAAGGUUCAUACAACUUUGUUUUGUCAAUAUUUGUAUUUUUUUAGAGAAAUUAGUAGUUACGUUCAUAUGAUUGGAAGCAUGUCCUAAAUAGAGCAGACAGAUGACCAGUUUCUCUAGAUGAGUUUAAGUCCGAUACCAUGCUUAUCACCUGCUUAAUUGUUUUUUGAGUUGUUGAUUGUGUUUGAGCUGAUGAUUGGCAUUCUUGGCCUCCUCUAAAUUGUUGGCUGAUUGGUUUCCAUCGAUCGUAGUACUGAUGUAUUCAUUUCCUGCGUUGUCUUCAACCUCAACCUUUCAAUUAUCUCUUCGGUACCAAGAAUCACAACAGGCAAGAUUUGGUUUUAGCGAGGGUUAAUCAUUUCAGCAAAUACUGAAUCCUCCACGCCGAUGACUGAGAAUAACAUCGGUUUUACCGAAAGCAAGUAAGCAUCAGUAUUGUACAGAUUCCCUCCUCCAAAAGCAACCACCCGUUAUCGGUGUCCCCCCCUCAGACAAACAGUGUUCAUCUGUAACGCAAGGCGUAUGUAUCAUACAAAAAAAACACACAAACAUGAUAAUAAUUGUACGUUUAGUGAGCGAUAAGAGUAGACAAAAUUCUUUGCAUAUUACUUUUUAAAAUAACCGUUGUUGUAGCGUAUUUUUCUCUCAUUUUCAAGCGAGCUUCAAUUGAAAGUAUUUCCAUCCGGAUCCUUCCAGCUUAGCACGUUAGCUACGAGAUUACACUUGAACUUGUUAAUCGAUAAAGAUUCUUCGGUAAAAUUCAAUCGCUAGCGAGAAUUAGUUCAAUAAUUCUUUAACCAUUCCUAGACAAACCGUUGGGAAUUCAACAAUGCUAGCCAAACGAACGGCAUUCAAAACAAACAAUAAACGCAAAUUUCGUUACAAGUUCAUGGAGACUAAAUAGAUGAAUAAUAGGAUUUUAUAUAGUAGAAAUAAAAAAUAAAUAAUUUAAGGCAGAAUAAAUCUUAACGAAGAUUGAUCUCUCUCAUUUCAAUCGCCAGCUUUAAUUUGUCGUUUUAAAUCUAAUCGCUCCGCUAUCGCUAUUAAGGAUUUCAAGUGCGUGGUCAAAGGCUAAAUGAAUGAAGCUGAAAUUGUGCAGCUACUUUAUGGAAACCACACGCACGCAAGCUGUUCAGUUCGAAUUGGAUUGCGAUCGACUCGAUGAUAGUUUAAUGUUAGGCAAGAUUAUUGUGGCAACAACCUGUAUUGUGUUAACGAAA